AUGUCUAUAUCAUCAACUUCUGGAUCUCCACAAUUACACCUCUCACCUUGUGAAGAUGAACUUCCAUCGCUUUCUCCAACAUGUUCCAGAUGUCAGGAAUUUCUGGAUUCAUACGACUUCAAAGAUCUAGGUUGGGGCGAUAUCAAAGAAUUUCAGGCCUUACCUCCUUUCGAAGAUCCCAAGCUACCGACUCCUCGUGCCGUGAAAAAUUGCUUUUUAUGUUCAAAGUUUUUGGGUUCAUACCUGGCUGAGCCUGCAAGUCAAGCAAAAAGGGACAGUCCUUCUCGAGAGCUGCAAAUUCUCGGCGUAUAUUUGCAAAAGCAACUCGCUGGCUUAGAGAAUUUUGUCUCAGUAGCUUCUUCCACAGGAUCUGAUGGGAGUCUGAAUCUUUCAAAACAAUGGUUACAGAACUGCAAUACAAGCCAUGUUUCCUGCUCACGCAAAGCUACCACGUACCAAAAUUUCCUUCCUACUCGUCUUAUUGAUAUCGGAAUAGGAGAAUCAGUGAUCACUCCACGGCUUCGUUUGAGAAAAGAAAUUCCAUUAAAUUCAAUCUACUUCACUUUAAGUCAUUGCUGGGGGAAUACAAUACCAGAAAUUAUCCUUCUUCAGUCAAACAUCUAG